UUAGAUUUACUGUAGCACUCUUUUUAUACAAUUUAAAAAAAAAUGGCCAACGCUUCAUCAAAAAGAAUAGCUGCAGCAAAUAAAAAAACUUUAGAAAAUCUUUAUAAAGGAUUUUUAAUUGUUAAUACAAUCUACUUUUUAUGGCGUAUCGUCUAUCAUUGGAAUUCUUUUACUGCAAGUCAAUGCCUUCUUUACGUUAUUACUGCUGGUUUAACAUUUAUGUUUUACCGCGUUUUAUCCUCUUCUGGAACGCCUCGUUACGCAGCUGAUGGUAGCUUAAUUUCAAGUGGAGAUGAUCUUAAUUCUGAAGGACUUACAGCCUAUAUGUUUGACAUUAUUUAUGUUACCUGGUUUGUUCACAUGACAACAGCUUUUAUCUCAAAUAAAUUUUGGUUUGCAUAUUUAGUAAUUCCUGGAUAUGCAGCCUAUAAAAUUAUUCCUUUGGUUAUGACUUAUUUAAAUAAGUCUAAUAAGCAAACAACUGAAGAAAGUCAAACACAAGGUAAAUCAAAACGUCAAGCUAAACUCGAAAAGAGAGCUAAUAAGGGUCAACACAUUAAAUAUUCUUCAAGAUAAAAUACUUUUAUUUUUAUAAAUAAAUU